AUGUUGCAGUAUGCGGCGGCGCCUCCCCAGUUUCAAGCCCGCCAACCAUAUCCAGCUGGUAGCUUAACAGCGAUGCCCUUUGCGCACGGUGCUUCUGGCUGCAUGCUCGGAUCGCAGACCCUAUUCCCGCAGGGGCACAUGCAGCCACAGCAGCAACCCAUGAUUCAACCGCAUUUCCAAGCCCAGCAGGCUUGGCAGCAACAGCUGCAGCAGUCUCAACAACGGCAGGCGAUGCCAAGACUAGCGCAGCUACCCCAAGCUUCUCAGCAGCAGCAACCCCAGCCGUUUCCACAAGCUUGGCAGCCACCGCAGCAGCAGCAGCAAGCAUGGCAGCCACAGCAGCAACAGCAGCAACAGCCACCCCAGUUACAUGCAAAUGGGUGCCAAGGCCAGCAUCCCAACAGGCACCACCAAGACGAAUACUAUGCUCGACCUGGCCAAACCCCCAUCAGAUUGCCAGCGCUGGAUCCUGACCCUGACCCAGCCUAUCUGCACGAUUUUGCAAUGAAAGCGGCCAUGAUGGAUGCGGCCAUGAUGACAGGGUUUGGAACGGCAGGGUCAUCCCCUUCCUGCUCUCCGCUUGGCUCUCCUUCGCAGUACGAUUACGAGGACACAGCCAUGGAUGAGCGACAGCUUUACCUGGCCAUCCAAAAUCCCAGGCUCACUGAGCAUCUAGCCGCCAGCCUCUUCCGUCGCAUGGACAAAAGCGGCACUGGGCGGCUUAGCUAUCACGAGCUGCUCCGAUUUCUCCCAAUCCUCUACCAGGAGCUCGGCUUGUCUUUAGUGAAGGACACUGCGACGCACCAAAAACUGGUGCACAACCGCAUGCGGAAGUUCGACCGUAACGGCGAUGGAAGCCUCGACCAGAGAGAGUUCUUGCAGCUUUAUAGGUGGACCCUGCACCGGAAGUACGAGGACUUAAAGCCUCCCAAGUUCGGACGGAGUGCUUUGCUUCGUGGAGCAAAGCCUGGGGUACCCGCGCAGUUCUACGACUUCGGAGACAUGCUAGGGUCUGGCAGCUUCGGCAUUGUGCACAGUGUUACCCAGAAGGCAACUGGCGUCAAAAGGGUUAUGAAGACUGUGAACAAAAUGAAGCUCCAAGAAAGCAACACGCCACUGGCCUGCCUGGACCAAGAGAUCCAACUGCUGGCCAUGCUGGACCACCCCCGGAUCUUGCGACUCUAUGAGUGGUAUUCAGAUUCCGAGAAUGUUUACAUCAUCACAGAUGUUUGCGAAGGAGGGGAGCUCUUUGAUCUGGUUAGGGCCAGCCAUGAUCAGCAGCAGUCGAUCCCCGAGGCAUGGAUCCGGCGCAUCUUCACUCAGGCAACCGAAGCUAUAAGCUACUGCCACGGAAAGGGCGUCAUGCACAAGGACCUAAAGUUCGAGAAUCUGCUUCUGCAGAAAAGCCUCACCCACCGAUCCAGAUUGGAGGAUGUGAACAUUGUGAUCAUCGACGUGGGUUUGGCCGAGCUCUUUGGCCCCAGCCACGGCAAGGGGAUGCGGUCCAGUGCACGCAGCGGCUCACUGGCGACCAUCGCGCCGGAAGUCCUGCAAGGCGACUUCUGCUACAAAUGCGACGUUUGGAGCUUGGGCUGCAUGCUCUAUGCUGUUUUUAAUUCGCAGCCAACCUACAUGCCUGGGCCGGAUGGCAACGACACGCUCUACCCCUAUCCCUUCUGCCCGCAGCCGAGCCAGAGAGAUCGACUUGGUGUAGAGGGGCUCAUGCAGCAGCAGCGUGCGGGUCCCAACAUGCGGCGGCUCAAUGCCAGCCCUGCCGUGAAGGACUUGGUUGGGAGAAUGCUGUGCUUUGAGGAGGAGGCUCGGCCCGCGGCGAAGGAGUGCCUGCGGUCGCCCUGGCUGGCAUGGGGAGGCAGCACGCCGCUGGAAUGCCAGGCCCAGUCAAAGCAGGAGAGUUUGAAGAUCAUGAUGUCGACAAUUGUCGACCACGACAGAGAGCAUAGAACGUGGUGGCGAGCCGUGACCGUCCAGGCGGCAGCGCAGCUGCCGGGCGGGGUUCUCGAGCCUUUGGCGCAGCUUUUCCGCCAGGCUCACGAGGGCCACACAGACGGAGCCAUCGAGAAGGGCGCCCUUGUGCUAAUGCUUGAGCGAUUAAAGGUCAACCCCGAACUCGCCCAGAGCGCCGCAGAUGGGGCGGACUUUGACGGGGACGGCCUGAUUGAGUUCAGCGAGUUCGUUGCAACCUGCUUGCCCUCUGCACGCGAGCUGUUUGCCGUGUCAUUGCAGAUGGCCUUCCACAGCUUCGACACAAACUCAGAUGGAACGCUUGAUCGGGCAGAAGUUGCUCAGCUCCUGCAGAGCGGGCAGAUCGAGGAGACCCAUCUGCCCAAGACGAAAACGGUUCAGGAGAUGGUGGAGGAGCUCGAUCUGGACCACAAUGGGGUGAUCAGCUUCAGCGAGUUCCAGCACUACUUCAUGAAUGUUGAUGCCGGACUCUGA